CUCAGUAAAUCAAACAAAAUGUUCAAAUUCACUGUUGUCAUCUUCGCCCUCAUUGCCUGUGCUGCUGCCAAACCCGGUUUUGUUGCUCCUUUGGCUUACACUGCUCCAGCCGCUGUUGUUGCUGCCCCUGCUCCCGUUGUCACUGCCACCAGUAGCCAAGUUAUUGCCCGCAACUACAAUGGUAUUGCCACUGCUCCCGUUGUUGCCCCCGUAGCUGCUCCCGUUGUUGCCAAGACUGUUGCUUAUACUGCUCCUGUAGCUGCUGCUUAUACAGCUCCCGUUGUAGCUAAAUAUGCUGCGACCUACUCUACUCCCUUGGCUUACUCCGCUCCAUUGACUUAUGCUGCCGCUCCUGUAGCUUAUGCUAAUGCUCAUUUGGAUGCCGCUUAUGCCAGCAGCCGUGUUGAUAUUAAGCAAAACUAUAAUGCUGCCGUUGUCCCUGCCACUUAUGCUGCCGCCCCUGCUGUUCAAGUAGCUACACCUUUCGCUGCCGUAGCUCCUCUUAAAUACACUGCUGCUCCCGUUUUAUUGUAA